AUGAUUCUAUCGGCUGGCGAGGCCCAGCGGCUCGAGAUGGCUCAUGCUUUGCUCAGCAAGCCAGAGUGGCUGUUCUUAGAUGAAAGUACGAGCAAUUUGGCCGCUGACCAGCACGCUGAGUUGUACAAGACUUUACGAAAGAAUUUACCACCAACUACUGGGGUCCUUUCGGUUAGUCAUAACACGGAAAAGCUCGCCGGUCUGCAUGAUGUUCAUUAUAACGUUAAAGAAGGGCAUUUGGUGAAAGUCGAUGCAUGA